GCAUACGGUCUGCGUGUUUAGGUCAGCUCUUGAACAUGUAUCCCAACAGGCUCCGAAUUCUUUACUGUAUUAUGCUGUUUCGGGAGGAGUAUGUCUAUGUUCGUGGUUAUACUGGAAGCAAGAUCGUGUACCCAACACUAGCGGAAAGCAGAGAUUCCACAGGGACCAAAGUGGUACGCAUCAACGGAAGCCUGACUCUCACGCUGCAAAGAAGCGACUUUCUGGGGAAGGAACUGACCUUGUCCUCCGUGAAAGAUGGAGAGUGGCGUCACGACGUUGUGAAUACCGCCGUCUUCGGCCUGCACGAGGAUCCUGAACACUUCUCGUCUCUCCUCGUGCACGAAUUGGAAAAUGGCGUGCAACUGCGAGGCAUCGUGACGCCUUCGCUUCAUAUUGAACCUCUGUACACCAUGGAGCGCUCUCUGAGAGGCCAAGUGGCACACAGACUAUAUGAGGUUCGCGAGGACUCUCAUCUUCCAGUUGCCUCAAGUGGAACACAGCAGAAGGUUUCAGAGCGUAUGUACCUGUGGCACCCCUACUAUGGCUAUCAGCUGCCGGUAACAAUUUGGAUGGAAGUGCUUGUUGUGUGCGACUUCGAGCAUCGAGCAGCAUUUAAGAGCGACGAGGAACAUACGACCUACGUUGUGAUCUUUAUGAGAUCGGUUACUCUGAGGUUCGUCGGCCCUACACCUAGGAUACGGUUCAGGCUUAUAGCACUGCACCGGACAGCUCAGGAAGAAUCCAACACAUUGUUAGGACUCAAACCGGGAAAUAACUCACUCAAUGGAUCAGUGGAUGGUGAAGUAACGCUUGAGAAUUUUAAAGGUUUCAUGGAGAAACGUAGGAUCAGCAGCAUGCCAGAUGUAGACAUCGCAUAUCUAAUCACAAGGCGAUACAACAUCAUCGAGUACAUCGAUGAAAACAAGAAGGAACCAGUCUUUGUACCAGGAAUGUCAUAUGAAGGAGGCGUGUGCUCGGAAAAAAAUGUCGGUAUGGGCUUCGACGAUGCAAAGUUUUACUUUGGUGUGGACACUGCUGUACGCCAGAUGGCACACUUGCUCGGAGCGCCUUGGGACGACAACACUGAAGGAUGUAAAUGGACGGACGGCUUCAUCAUGGGUGACAUCAGCCACCAGUACCCAAAGGCAUUUACGUUUUCCGAAUGCAGCAAGAAGGGAAUGCAGGAAACUCUGCUGGAUCGCCUAAAUGCAGAUAUUGCGUUCAAAAAGGCUAACCCACUGAACAGCGAAGAAAGUGAUGAGAGAGGAUGCUUUGAUCCACAAUAUUUUGAUCAGACUCUCGACGUUCUUGGAAGCAAAUUACCUGGCGAGGUAGUCGACCAAACAGAAUUCUGCAGGGUUGUCAUGCCAUAUCCAGAAAAGGACUAUAUUCACCUUUGCGAGAAUUGGUUCCAAAAUACGCGCGAGUGGCCAAAAGUUGACUGCGUGACUCGUUGCUGCUACGGCAGUGGCUGGACUUUGUACCAGCAAAUUGCUUACAAAUCUCUGGAUGGCUUUAAGUGCUACUUGAGCAGACAGAUUUGCUAUGCUGGGAGGUGCGUGGAUUCUGGGACUAACAUCAACACGUACGGAUAGAAAAGAGCAUGUUGUACACUCUGUAUUGGAUAUCACCAAUAAACAAUGGAAGAAUA